UCCGGGGAGACCAGAUAUAGUGAAUGUAGGGUACGGGGAGACCGGAUAUAGUGAAUGCAGGGUCCGGGGAGACCAGAUAUAGUGAAUGCAGGGUCCGGGGAGAGCAGAUAUAGUGAAUGCAGGGUCCGUGGAGAGCAGAUAUAGUGAAUGUGGGGUCCUGGGAGACCAGAUAUAGUGAAUGCAGGGUCCGGGGAGACCGGAUAUAGUGAAUGCAGGGUCCGGGGAGACCAGAUAUAGUGAAUGCAGGGUCCGGGGAGAGCGGAUAUAGUGAAUGCAGGGGUCCGGGGAGACCGGAUAUAGUGAAUGCAGGGCCCAGGGAGACCAGAUAUAGUGAAUGCAGGGUCCGGGGAGACCGGAUAUAGUGAAUGCA